AUGACGACCGCUCGCUCCGUGGCGGUGCUCAUGGCCGCCGUCCUGGUGGCCUCAGCCCUCUCCGGACCGCCGGCCUUCGCCGCCGCCGACGCCCACUGCGACCUCCAGAAGGACCUCCUCAUAACGCAGAGCCUCGGCGAGCCUCAGAGCGACGGCUCAUCGAUGUACAGGGUGACCGUGACGAACCAGUGCGCCGGCGACGAACGCACGGGCAGGCCCUGCGUCAUCUCCAGGAUCCGCCUGCAGUGCGGCAACUUCCGCUCCGUCAUCCCCGUCGACCCCAAGGUGCUCCGCGUCGUCGUCCCCGGCGUCUGCCUCCUCAACGCCGGCCACUCCAUCCCGCAGGACCGCAACGUCUCCUUCGUCUACACCAGCUACGUGCGCGAAAACCUCUACGUCCUCUCCGCCACGUGCGGCCUCGGACGUUGA